AUGUCUGAACGUGAAGCACUGGCUAUUCUCGCCAAAGCCGAUAAAAAAGCGACUACCUUUGGUUGGUUUGGUGGAAAUAAAUUUGAAGAAGCUGCCGAAUUAUACAAUAAAGCUGCAAAUACUUUCAAACUUGCAAAACGAUGGAAAGAGGCCGGUGAUGCUUUUACAAAAGCUGCCAAUAUGCAGGUUCAAUUGAAUGAACGUGACGAGGCUGCAUCUACUUUUAUCAGUGCUUCAAAAUGUUAUAGAAAAACGAUCGAAAUUCUUACUGAUAGAGGUCGAUUUCAGGCUGCAGCUGGACAUCAAAAAGAUAUUGCUCAAAUUUAUGAAUCUGAUCUAGUAGAUUUAGAAAAAGCAAUGCAAGCACUCGCAAAUAAUUGUCUUCUAAAAGUAGCCACUUUUGCCGCAACAUUAGAACAAUACGAUAAAGCUAUCGAAAAAUUUGAACAAGUAGCUACGGCCAGUCUUGAUAAUCAAUUAACGAAAUGGUCACUCAAAGAUUAUUUCUUAAAAGCAGGACUAUGUCAUAUUGCUGUUGGGGAUCAUAUUGGUGCCAAACGAGCUAUUGAACGAUAUUGCGAUAUGGAUGUUACCUUUGCCAGUACUCGAGAAUAUAUGGAAAGUGGUGAUGUGGAAAGUUUUACUAAUCGAGUGGUAGAAUUCGAUCAACUUACCAAAUUGGAUAAUUGGAAAACUACGAUUCUGCUAAGAAUUAAAAAGAGUAUUCAAGAUGAACCACUUUUGACUUAA